AAUGAGCCUCAAUUUUGUCUUCAAAGCCGUCAGUGGCGUUUUGGGAAAAAUGAAUCGCAAUUUUAAUUUUAAAUCCUGCUUAAUUGAUGAUUCGGGGCUCAAAAAGAAUGUCCUUAAUAUUAAACCAUGGCAGGUGGAGAACUUUUUCAAGAUAAUAGAUGAAGAUCUUGCGCAAUUCUUUAAGUACGACAAAUGUUGCCGUAUCGCAGAUAAUUAUCUGAUAGCGAUGGUUUUUAUCUACUUUAUAAGAGCAGACUUUGAAGUGGAAGAAUAUACUCCACUCAAUUUUCUCGCGGCUCUCCAUUUGGCUCUGGAUAUGGAAGAGGACGAUGAUAAUCUCCACAGUCAAUUGCAAAGGUGGUUGAACGCAAACGAUGCAACUUCUUAUAUUUUGGAUGAAAGAAACCGAGUUUUUCAAAGAAUUGGAUAUCGUGGCUCAAUAUCCCGAAAGUGUUGUGAAUCCAUAAUACGAAGAAUUAAUCCGAAUCACAGUGUUUGGAGAAGACUGAGGCACACUAAUCAUUCUGGAGCUAUAAGCGUAUAUUCGAGGAAGAGAAAUAUGUGCCCCAGGUGUCUUCAAACAGAUUUUUUCCUCGAGUCACCCACCAUGGAUUCUAAACUGUCAACUCGUAACUCAUAGUGAUUAUAAGUAUUGUAAAGCACAUAGAAUUAAGUUUGUCAAAAGUCUAAAAAAACAUAGAUUCUAAUGUAACAUUUGUUAACUCCUGUUAAAAUGUAUUUUUCCCCCUAAUUUUCUCGACAUUAGUUUAAAAAAGAAAAUCUGAA